AUGUCUUGCAACACAGUUAAGAGAACGUACGAAUGCUUAUAUACGCAUCAAAAAACACAAAAAAAUAAAAAAUGGAAAGAUGGAUACUGUGAAAUAUUAGUUAGCUAUGGUAUAACGAAAAUAUACCUAUUAAAUUCAAAUAGAGUUUGCGUGGAAAGUUUUAUUAGUAACAUCAUAGACUUUGAAAACAUAGAAGAAGAAAUAGAGCUAUCUACUCAUUUAGUACAAUUUGUUGAUAUUUAUAAUUAUGUUGAAAGUGAAAUAACAAAUGAAAUUAUAAAUGAUGAAUCGCGGAAAAGAGGAAACGAAUUUUUCAAGCAAAAUGACAACACAAAUAGUAAAAAAAUAAAAAACAAACAUGAGACUAUCAAUUUUAAUAAAAAUUACAAACCUUAUCAGGUAGAAAAAGAAGAGAUAUUAAGGCCAAAAGAGAUAUUAGUUCCAUCUAAAAGAGUCGAUAAAUAUGCCCAUACUAAUAGGAAGUUUGAAGUCCCUAGGAAAAUAGAGCCAGCUAAAGACAAAAGUGAAGAACCCGAAAAAAAUGAGUUGAAAAAUAUGCACAAUAAACAAAUCGAAAAUAUUACAAAAGAUAAAAAAUAUACAAAAAAAGUAAUAGAAAAUGUGGGAAUACAAUUUAGUAAUAUAAAUAAAGAAAAACAUAGUUCUAUGGAUAAGAAAAACAUGAUAAGUAUAACAUAUACAACCACUCAUUUAUUUAAUAAAAAAAAUACAACUAAAUGGUAUGAUGGCUAUAUAGUCGAUAAAGAGAAUGAAAUAGAACUAUAUAAUUUUGUUGAAGAAAAAUUAUUUGUAAAAACAAAAGAUAAUAUUGUUUAUGAAGAAUACAUGCCAUUUGGAGCAUAUAUUGUUUAUAACGACUUUUCAAACAAACCAUCCAGUGGUAGUAAUAAUAUUUUAGAAUCAUCUAAUCUCGUUAAAAAAAAUAAAUUCAAUACCAAUCUUCAUAGUGUAUUAAAAUGUGGGAUAUCAAAAAAUAGUAGUACAAAUGUGAAAAAUCAUGAUGAAAAGGAGACUCAACAAAAAAUGGAAUAUUAUAAAAACAAUGACCCCAAUUUAGGGAUAGAAAAUCGAAUUUUUUCAAUUCCACGAAAAAGAAAUUUGGAUUUUUCUAAAGAAAAUAACAAUUAUGAUAAUAUUGCAUAUGAAGGAAAAAAUCAAAAUAAUUUAGAAAAACCUUCUGAGAAAUGUAAUGAACAAAUAAAAGACACCUCUAAAGAUAAAAAAAAUGGAUCUAUAUAUAUUACAAAUAAAAAUGAAUGUGAAUUACAUUUUCAUACAAAUUAUGAUUGUGAUAAGGAGGAAAAGAAAAAAAAUACAAAAAUUGUUUUUUUUUCUGGAAAUAGAGAAAAUUGUGAUAAAUAUGAAGAAAUAGUUAAUAUUGGUCAAGUUGUUAGUAAAAAUCUUUUUUCUCAUGUUAAUGUUUUUAACAACUCAAUGAAAAUAAAAUUAAAUAAAGAAUCAAUUAACUAUUAUAACAAAGAUAGAAACAUUGAAAAGGAUAAUAAUUCUGAACAGUCAGGCAAUAUAAAUCGGUUAUCAUCUUUAGAAAAUGCAAAACAUUCUGAUAAUCCCAAAAAAGAUUAUAACAAUAUUAACAAUAGGCAAAUGGGCAAUAAUGAAAAAUAUGAUGAUAGUUAUGAGAAAAAUGUUUAUAAUUCAUUGUCUAUCAAUCAUAAUGAGAAUAUAUAUUUAGAAAAUGGAAACGAAAAAAAGAAUAACUCAAUUUUAACGAAAAAGGAUGCAUCCCUUCAUGUGCUGGAAACAAAGACAGCUCUUGAAACAGAGAAAAAGUUAACUCCCUCAACAUUAGACCAAAAUUUAUAUUGUGACGUAUACAAAAUUAAUAAUAUUUUUUCCUUUAGUAAUACUAAUAAUAGUUUUUGUAUAAAUGAUAGUGAAAACAUUAAUAGGAAUAAUUUAUUUUUACCUAUUUAUAUAACGAUUCCUAAAAAAAAAGAAGAUAUAAAAAAUAAAUUAAAUGAAUUACCACAUUUUAAAAUACUUAAUUUUUUUAUUAACAAGUCAGAAUAUAUUUUGUGUUUUAUGAAUGCUACACUAUUUCAGAUAUAUUAUGAGAUAACAAAUAAAUAUAUGUAUAUUUACGAUAAUUUAAUAUAUGCAUUAAAAGGUGAUAUGUAUAAAAAUUCAAACUUAAAAUCUGGUAGUGAAAACGUAAAUAUAAAAAACAAAGACAUUGGUCCUUUUGCUAAAAUGAGCGGAAAAUUCACUUCUACUAAUGGCACUAAUAAUGAAACUAAUUUGGAUUUGACGGGAGAAUAUAAAAAAAAAAAUUAUAAAAAUAAUACCGAGGAUAAUUAUAUACUAUUAUUGGAAGAUGUUGAACUUGUGUGCAGUUUACAAGAUGGGAAUGUCAACAAAUAUGGAAAGGGAACAUUUCUAAAUACAAAAAAUGAAAAAAAUACAGGGAUUAAAUAUUUUUUAAAAAAAAAUACAGACAAUGCAACAUUGAUAGAAAAAAAUGGAAUAACACAGGUUAAAAAUAAUAUAAAAAAAUAUAUAAAUACUAAUCAUAUAAUUAUAUUAAGAAAAAAAUGUGACUAUGGAGAAAAUAAUGUAUAUACUACUCAUAAGGAUGACUUACUUUUAUUUACUACUAAAUGGAAUGGGUUUAAUAAUAAUUAUUUGGAAAUAUAUCCCCUAAAUUUUGAAACCUUCUUAUAUAUAUGUGAACUAUUUGAAAAAGAAAAAAAUGUAUUAACAUCAAAAGAGUUUCUAUACUUUUUAAAGAAAUAUAAAUCCAUAAGUUUUCAAAAAUGUUUAUUUUUUAUUAAACUGUCUGACCAUUUAGACAAUUUGAAACAUCUCUUUUAUUUUUACAAAAAUAUAGAAGACGAACAUCUAUGUUAUAAUAAAAAAAAUAUUCAUAAAAAUAUAAACUACAUAAAUUAUAUGAGCAAUAGUAAGGACAAAUCUAUAGAUUAUAACUUUGUUGGAAAACGAGUGGGAGUAAAGGAUUGCAUAGAAAAGUCCCAUACUAAUUUGAUACCAUUAAAUAAUGUAAAUAUUGAAUAUAAAAAUGAGUUAGUCGAAAAUUUACAAAGUAAUAAAAAACUAAAUAAAAAACAAAAGGAAAUUAUACAAUCUGUAAUAAACUGGUUUGAGUAUAAAAAUGAAAAAGUAAAUGAUAUAGAUAGCCAAAAUAAGCAAGAUGAACAAGAAAAUAGCUGCAUAUUAGUUAAUGGGAUUUUUGGAUCUGGGAAAAGUACAUUAAUAUGUAAUACAAUUAUGUACUUAGACAAAAUAUUAGGAUAUGAAGAAAAACUAAUAAAGGAAGAAAACAAAAGGAAAAAAAAAGAAUCUGAAAAAGGAUAUACAUAUGAUUCAAAUUCUGAGUUAAAUGAAAAUGGUAUGCCAAAAUAUAAAUCCCUUUUGAGCAAAAUAAAAGAGGAAGAAAAAUCGAAAAAUAAUAUAAACGACGAAAAAAAAAAAAUAUUAUUAAUGUGUAAUACUAAUUUUGCAGUUGAUAAUAUACUUUUAAAAUUGAAACAAGAUUUUGAAUUUUAUGAUUUUGCAAGAAUAGGUAGCAUAUCUGAAAUUAACGUUUUUUUAAUUACUAACUUUAUUAGUAUAACAUCAAAGGAAGGGAAAAAUGCAGAAGACAUAAAAAAAUAUUUAGACAAAUUUGAUACGAAUACUAUGAAAAGUGAAAAUUUAAAUGAUAGUCAAAAUGACCUAAAAUAUAAUGACCAUAAUAGACAUGAUAAAAUGAGUGAUAUAGAAAAGAGUAGAGACGACCAGGAAAAUUCUAAAGAUGCCGAAAGUGACAUAAGUAAUCCAAAUGUAAACAGCUCGAUCAAAUCAAAUAAAAUACACAAAAUAACAGAUAUAAAUAAAUUAAUUGAUGUAUUAAAAAAAGAAAAAAAAAAUUCGAUUUUAAAAAAUAAGUAUAAAAAUAAAAGAGUUAUAGCAGGAACAUGUAAAAGUUUAUAUAUUUUUGAAAAGUUAAAUACAAUUAAAGAUAGUAUUAAUUAUUUAAUUGCUGAUGAAUGUACUCAAAUUGAUGAAUUAACACUCUUAAAGUUUUUUAUAAAAUAUCCAAUAAAAAAAAUCAUACUUAUAGGGGAUAUUAUGCAAUUGGGGUUUGUUAUGAAAAGUAAAAGUGACUUAUGUCGUAGUUUAUUUUCGAGACUUAUAGAAAAUGAGUUAUUCAUUAAAUAUUUUUUCAUAAAUCGGUAUGGGAAUGGUAAAGAAGAGAAAGACGCCAUUGGAAAUGGCAAUGUCCAAGCAAGUAUUACUGUAAGCACCGUAGUAGAUCACAUAAUCAGACUGACAGAAUUAGAGUAUUCAAAUUAUAAAAGUGAAAUAUAUGAGCAGAUGUUUAAUUUGCACUACGACAAUAGUUGUAACAAUAUUAAACCGUAUAAACAAACGAAUUUAUUUAUUAACAAAUUAAUAAUAAUGAAUAAACAAUAUCGAUGCCACCCAGAUAUAAGCAAUAUAUGUAGUCAUCUUUUUUAUAAUAAUUGUAUUAAGAAUGCAAAAUGUACAGAACAAAAUAAUAUAAUUUAUGAUAAAUAUAAUGCACAUUUAAAUUUUAUACUUAUACGAAAAGAAUAUAAAGGAAUACAUUCAAACUCUAAUUUUAUUAAUGUGUUAGAAGCAAAUAUUAUUUUAAAUAUUUGUGAUCAUAUGGUUUCAAAUAAAAUAAAUCCAGAUAAUAUAGGCAUAAUUUCUUUAUUUAGAUAUCAAGCUAUUUAUAUUCAAAAUAAAAUGAAGUUAUCAAAAAAUUAUGACAAUUUAAAAAAAAUAAAAGUUAGUACAGUAGAUUCUUUUCAAGGUAUUGAAAAAGAAAUUAUUUUAUUUUCAUGUGUUUUAUCUUUUUUUUCAGAUGAUCAAAAAAAAUAUACAGUAAACAAAACAGAACAGGGAAAAAAAGAAACUAAUGGGCAUCAUAAAAAUCAAUUUUUUUUUAAAAAAAAUACAACUAGACAAAUUCCAAAAACAGAAGAACAUGCAGAACAAUUAUUAUCAUCUACAGAUUCUUUCAAUUAUUUUUUCGAAAAUAAAAACCGAAUAAAUGUUGCAUUAAGUCGAUCCAGAAAUCAAUUAAUAAUUGUUGCUCACCAAGCAUUUGUUCAAAAAAAUAAAAUCUGGAGUUACAUAAAAUCAAAAUCGAAAAUAUAUUACUAUGAUUGA